AUGGUUCUUGGAGUAUUCUUGACAGAAAUCAUAGCAGCAUUUUGUCUUGCUGCCACUUUAUUGUAUAAAUAUGGGAAUAUUUUUCGACAUCACAUUAUUGUUACAGUUUCUGUGCUGAUAGCAUGGUAUUUUUCACUGCUAAUAAUAUUUAUCUUACCUUUAGAUGUUUCAUCUACUGUUUUUAGACAGUGUGUUGAACAAAAUAUUCAUAAUAACACAAAACUAAACUCUGACAGUACAACAACAAUCCCAUUUCAUACUUGUAAAGAACCUUGGCCUAAUGUACCAGAACAUAUAUUCCCAAAUUUAUGGAGGAUUGUAUAUUGGACCUCGCAAUGUUUAACAUGGCUGAUAUUACCAAUUAUGCAAUCUUAUAUAAAAGCAGGCGAUUUCACAGUUCAAGGAAAGCUAAAAUCUGCUUUAAUAGAUAAUGCUAUAUACUAUGGAAGUUAUUUGUUCAUAUGUGGCAUACUUUUAAUAUAUAUAGCACUGAAGCCUGGUUUUGAUUUUGAUGGUCAAAAAUUAAAAGCUAUAGCAUCAUCUGCAUCAAAUACAUGGGGUUUAUUCUUAUUGGUAUUACUUCUUGGAUAUGCACUUGUAGAAGUUCCUCGUGGAUUAUGGAAUGCUAGUAAACCUGGAUACACUUUAAAUUAUAGCUAUUUUAAAGUUGCUAAAUUAAGUUUGGAUAAAUGCGAAGCAGAAGAGACAGUAGAUGACAUACUUGAAUCCUUACAAACUGCUACAGUAUCAAUUGGACCAGGGCAUCCUUUUCAUUGCAAUUUAGAAACGAUUUUUCAAAAGAUUCCUGCAGAAUUAAAAGAUAGAAUGAAUAGAAGACAAUUGCCAGAUGAUACACCAACAGAUACACCAUCUGAAAAAGCUUUAAUACGUUUACAUAGACAAACAAUAAAAGCAUUGCAAACUUUACAACGGAUAGAAACACAAUGGGGAAUUUUGGUUGAUAAAAUAAUUGAUUUAGAAGAUAUAGCAAAGAAUCAAGUAAGUGAUGAUAGAAGAUUUAAACCAACUUUCCCUACUCAUCGUUCAUUUCCACUUCGUGUUGUUUAUAGUCCAGUUAUAGAAUGGUAUUGGAAAUGUGUCAUAAAGAGUUAUGUACAAAAGAUCGUAGCUAUUUGUACUGGAUGUCUUUCAAUAGCUGUAGUGUGGUCAGAAGUAACGUUUUUUAAUAAAACUCCAGUGUUAUCAUUAUUUGCCCAAUUUUUGAAUCUAGCUAAGGCAAAUUACGAUUAUUUUACAAUUGAGGUAUUAUCAAUGCUGAUAAUUGCUUAUCUUUGUUACUGCGCUUAUUCGACUGUUUUAAAAAUUCGUGUAUUGAAUUUAUAUUACUUGGCACCUCAUCAUCAGACUAACGAGUAUAGUUUAAUAUUUAGUGGAAUGAUGUUAUGCCGUCUUACACCACCUAUGUGUUUAAACUUUUUGGGUCUUGUACACAUGGAUUCGCAUAUUAUUAAAACUCACAUUUUGGAAACUCAUUACACUCAAGUAAUGGGACAUAUGGAUGUUAUUUCCAUUAUAUCUGAUGGAUUCAAUGUAUACUUUCCAAUGGCUAUUCUAGCAUUUUGUCUAGCAACGUACUUUAGUUUAGGGAGUAGAUUGCUUUCUAUGUUAGGUUUUCAACAGUUUCUUGAUGAUGAUGAGUUUACAACAGAUCUUGUUGAGGAAGGUCAAGAGUUAAUAAAACGAGAGAGACGUAAACGACAAAGAGCUGAAGAUUUAAUGUACAGAAGACGGGAGUUUCAAGAAAGAUUUAGUGGUGCUGCCAGUUCAUCUCGCUAUAGAACCUCACGGCAAAGUACUGAUACAGUCCGACCUUUAAAACGAGAUGAAUCAGUAGAAUCUGCAAGAGCCGGGUUAUUACGUGACUUUGAUCCUGCAGAUUAUUACAUUGGUAUGGCGUCUGGGGUUGAUAGUUAUGGUGCAAAUAAUAGUUACGAUACAAGCUGCCAAGCUGAUGAUUUUUAUGAAGAACAAACAGACAAUGCAAGAGCAUUUAUCGCAAAUACUAAUCGUAUAGGACCUCCACAAAGAGGAUUAUUCGACGACAUUUAAAUAGAACCUAAUAACGUUCAGGUUUUGCUCAGUAAUAAAUUAUGAAAUAGGUACAUUUAUAUUUAAAAAAUAUUCGAUCUAUACUCGACAUAUAAUAAAAUUUUUUAAAUAUUAAAUCUGGAAUUUUGAACAGGUGACAAUUACAUUAUAACAUAACAUACAAUUGAAUGAUAUAGUUCAUGAAUAGUAUGAUUAAAAAAUUUGUUUUUUAUACUUUUAUUGCUUAUUAUUAAAUUUCAAGUGGACAAAUAAAAGUAAAUUUUGAUUUACUGGUUUAUUUUAAUCUAUAUAAUUUUUUUAUAAAUUUUUACGAUUAAUAUUAAUAAUAUUAAUAUAAUAAUAUUGUAGUUCUAUUGAUGUAAUGUAAAAUGUUGAAUUUCAUACAGUAUUUGAUAUAUUUUUAACAAUAUAUGCAUUGCAUAUUUAAAGAAGCAUAAAAUAAUAAUAUAGAGUAAAAUAGAAAUAAUAGAUAAUAGAAAGUUAUAAAAGUUUGGACAAUUAAGUAAUUAAGCAAAUUUGUUUUCCGAUUAUUUCUUGUUUCGAUUUUAUAAUCUGAAUAAUAAUUUCAAUACAAUAUAUUUAUUAUAAUUUUCACAAGUUUCAAAUAUAGAGAUAACGUAAGUAGAGACAGUAAAUAUGAUAAAAUUAUUUUUUAAUUAAAGUAUAAUAAAGUGUAGAAAAAAAUGGUUUUAAAUAUUUAUAUUUAUUUUUCACUUAUACAUCGUUAAGAUGCAAGUAAUUUACUGAUUCGCUAUAUUUAGAAUAGUACAAUGUAUAUAUGAGCUGUAUAUUAGUACUUAGAAUUUUUAUUACAAUAUGAAAAAAAAUAUUUGUGUUGCGUACUGAACAAGAUCUUUCUAAGAAAAUUCAGUUAUUUCAAAUUGAAAUAAAUUUUAAUUAUUUUUGCAAAUGGUUAAAUUUGUAAAUAAUAAAUAUUUGUAUUAUUUAAUUUGAUAAUUCAAAAUUCGUUUAUGUAAAGUUUAUACAUAAUAUUAUAUAUAUUAUAUUAUAUUGUAAUAUAACUUUAUUUGUAUUUUAAAAUCAAGAAAGGAGAUACGUGAAGCUCGAAAGGGAAAAAAACUUUCUCCGUUAUGCAAAAUGAAAUAUGUAUAUUAAUUUUAUUGCAAAUAUUUCCUACAGAUAUGGAAACAGUUAAGAAAAUAUUAUGUAUCUAAAAUAUACGUGCAAUAGUCGUAUCUGCUAAUAAAUAUUUAAUGUAUUAAUAGGAAAUAACGAAUUCCAGUAACCUUAUUUGAGUAUUCCCUUAAUUACAUUUUACAAUAUUAAAAAUAUAUAUAAAUAUAUCUUCUGAAGUU